UCUUGUGUAUCUUUUAUAUUCUCUAAUGGGCGAGACUGAUUCUAAAAAUACAACAAAAUCAAAGUGUCAGAAAUGCCAGUCAACUGAUCAUUGGACGUAUGAGUGUACUGGAAAGAGGAAACUUCUUCAUCGCCCGUCAAUGAACGAACUGAUUGAUAAAAAAGAAAAAAAUGAGCAGAAAUCAGUAUCCGAAUCUAAACGGUGGUCACAAAUCCGAUAUUUUAGACCAAUCCAAGAAGAAGUGGAAUCUGAUGACUCUUCCUCUGUCGAAGAAUCUAGCAGUGAUUCAAACAUUGCGUCCAUCACCGGCUCUGAGGAUUCUUUUUCCGAUUAAUUUCCUUGUUUUCAAUUCUUUUUCGUUAAAUAAAAUUUUUUGAAUUU